CAUCAUCCUCCUCCUCCUCCUCCUCCUCCUCCUCCUUCACACCACUGCUGACUACAUGGGAACUUUUCUCGCGAGCUUUCCGUAGGAAGUGAGCAGUUUGUAACUUUUCUCCCCGCGACCUUUUGGCUUCCUUUGCAGUUGAACCCUCGUGUAAAUCUGUGUCCGGUUCUCAGCAGUAGUUUGCGGUGAUGGCAGGCGAGCUGAGGCCCCGACUGUGCGUCCUGGAGAAGGGCAAUGACGGCUAUGGCUUCCACCUGCACGGGGAGAAGAACAAAGCCGGUCAGUUUAUCCGCCUGGUAGAGCCUGGUUCUCCAGCCGAGCUGUCUGGUUUAAUGGCCGGAGAUAAGCUGACGUACGUUAACGGGGAGAGUGUGGAGGGUGAGAGCCACCAGCAGGUCGUGUCCCGGAUACGUGCUGUCACGGGCAGCCUGAAGCUCAUCGUCGUGGACCCCGAGACAGCCGAGUAUCUCAAAAAACACAAUUUACCCUGCAGGAAGGAGUUCGUCAGGGACGGAUUGCCGACGCCCGCAGACCAGCCGGACACCAGCGUCCAGGAGAGGAACGGCAAUGGCACCGACAGCCCUGUCCCUGCCUCUGAUCCUGUCCCUGCCUCUGAUCCUGUCCCUGAUCCUGUCCUUGAUCCUGUCCCUGAUCCUGUACCUGAUCCUGUCCCUGCUCCUGUCCACGUCUCUGCUCCUGUUCCUGUUCCUGCUCCUGUCUCAGCCUCUAACGGAGAUAUGGGGAUCAACAACCUCAGCCUGAACUCCAAGGAAUCGAACAAUGAGCUUCGUCCACGUCUCUGCCACAUGAAGAAGGGAGCAACGGGUUAUGGCUUCAACCUACACAGCGAGAAGUCCAAAUCAGGACAAUAUAUCAGGGCGGUGGAUGAGGACUCUCCAGCUGAGAAAUCUGGACUUCGGCCCCAAGAUAAAGUAGUGCAGGUGAACGGUGUGCCUGUUCAGGGCUUGCAGCACUCUGAGGUGGUGGCCGCCAUCAAAUCAGGAGGAGAUGAUCUGCGGCUGCUGGUGGUGGAUCCAGAAACGGACGCCUUUUUCAGCAGCUGCCAGGUUGUUCCCACUGAGGAGCACCUCACGGGCCCCCUUCCUGAACCUGCUGCCAGUCGAGAUGCUGAUGAGAAGGUGAAGGAGGAAGAGGUUAAGGAAGCCAAUCCUGCAUCAGUGAGUCCCACUCCAUCCAACGCUUCCUCCACUGCGUCGAUCCCUGCUGAGAUGGCCAGGGUUCCUGCAUCACAGGAGAAGGCCGAAGAGAAGAGCCCGAGCGUAAAUGCAGCCUCAUCGCUGGACCUGAACAUUUCCCUGCAGCAGGCUAAAGAGCGCGCGCACAAGAAACGCUCCAACAAAAAAGCGCCACCUAUGGACUGGAGCAAGAGGAGUGAAGUGUUCAGCAAUCUCUAAAGCAGCCAAAUUCCACACCGCUCUCACACUUCAUUACUUCCUUUAUUUAUAAAGUUCGCACUCAUGUCUCGCUCAUGAGGCCUGCGCCUCCGAUUUUAAACAGAAGGGAUGCAGCAAAAAGAAACUGGAUUAAUGAGGCAUGAAAUCACAUUAGAAAUAAUUGCUGGAUUUCUUUAUUUUGUCCCACAACUCCUGUUAGUCUUGUUUAUAUACACACACACACACACACACACACACACACACACACACACACACACACACCCACACACCUCUCCAAUGACCAUUUAAUGUCAGUGUUAUUGUGCCACUUGUGUUUUUAUUGAUCUUUAUAUAGACAUUUUAUGGAACGAUGCCAGAAAUCAGAUGUAUGAUGUACAGUGUAGAUGUAAUUCAUGCCCAAUUCUUUUCCUCUUAACAAAGGUAUCAGCACCACUGAUUGUUCGUUAUACUGCACCUGCAUCUGCCCAGCCGAAACGACUUAAUCUUCCAAGUCAUUUUAUUCCCCUUUAAUAUUUACUGUUUUGAAGACAGUAAUCCCCCGCUGUACCACGGUUCGAAUCUCACGCCACGGUUUAUUGCGGAAUCGCGUUUGCCACAUAACUUAUUAGUUUGGCUGAUUUUUCCGGUCUCGCGGAUAACAUGAUAGACCAAAAAAUUUAUGUUAAAGAGUUUUAUGUUAAAAUAAUGAAAUGUAUUAAUACAAAUAUAAUAAUGAAUUAUAAAAUGAAGUAAAAUGUUAAUACAGUACAGUACUGUAUACAUUAAAUAGCAUUUUUGUGGUGGUGUCUGUUUAUUAUGGGUGGUUUUGGAGCGUAACCACUGCGAUGGGAUUACUGUAUUCCUUUUUGAAGCUGUGUGGUGUGAAAGUUUCUCUCGGUCUCUCUCUGGAUUUUAUUUUUUAUUUUAAGUUGUAAAUCAUAAAUUAUAUAGUGAAAUCCCAAAAAAUGGAGCUAUACACUUGGAAUAACAUGGAACAUGUGGUUAGUUUUCUGACUGAAGGCACUGUUUUUGUUGUUGUUGUUGUUGGUUUUUUUUUUUGCUUUUAAUUCAGAUGAGAUUUGUGUCAUUGAGUCCCAGUGAUCUAAUAAUCACAUUCAUACUCUCCUACUAACACAAUAUAACGCAGCACAUUGUACUUAUGAAAGAGCUUCGAUUUUUUUUUCCCCCACAACGUCAUCGCCUCGUUAAAAUAUUUUCACCUUUGCGAUUUAUGUCGGGUUUAGAAUUUGUAGUCCGUUGAUUCCAGAAAUGAAAAGAAUUUUUAUGAACAUUCCUUUGAAGAAAACCACUGUCUUUAGCAACUUUUAGCUGAAAGCUCAGUCUAGAUUUGGCUGAAUAUAAAAGAAAUAAAUAAGAAAAUCACACAAA